CCCGCGCUGCCUGCAGCGGGCUGAGGAAUUCAGCAGGUACCUAUAUAUUCAUCAGUGCGCGCGCUGCGCUCAGUGGAUGUGGAGCCUGGCGGAGGUCCUGCGCGCUUUCCGUGUGAUGGAUGGAUGGAUGUAAAGCCUCCCUGGUUCGGAUUCUGCAGUAACUCGCUUUAUCAUCGGGACGAUCACACCUGAGAGGAACUUUGGAGGUUGAACGGAGAAAGACUCGUCCUCACUGCAUCAUUAGUCUUUCAUCACCAUGAAGAGCCUUCUGUCCUUUUCCUGCUGGAUUAGAGCUGCAAGCUUGAUCUUGUGCUUUACUCACACCGUGUUGGCCAUGGUGCUCACCAACUCCACACGCCUGGAGUCCAUCCUGGACAAGUACCGGAACAAGGAUGAGGAGUGGUGGAGGGGGAGGUCAAGGGGCAAGCGAGCCAUCAGCGAAGGAGACAUGCACCUGAUUCUGGAUCUGCAUAAUAAGCUGCGUGGUCAGGUUCAUCCUCCCGCUUCAAAUAUGGAGUACAUGGUGUGGGACUAUGAGCUGGAGCGGAGCGCCGAGCACUGGGCACACACCUGCCGGUGGGAGCACGGACCGAGCCACAUGUUGACGCAGAUUGGUCAAAACCUGGGAGCACACUGGGGAAGGGACCGGCCUCCAACGUACCAUGUCCAGGCUUGGUAUGAUGAAGUGAGGUACUACUCCUAUCCCUACUCCCAAGAAUGUAACCCACACUGUCCAUUCAGAUGUUCAGGACCUGUGUGCACUCAUUACACUCAGUUGGUGUGGGCGACCAGUAAUCGUAUUGGCUGUGCCAUCAAUGUGUGUUACAACAUGAACGUGUGGGGAAUGAUCUGGGCCAAAGCUGUCUAUCUGGUCUGCAACUACUCUCCACCGGGUAACUGGUGGGGUCAUGCUCCUUAUAAAUAUGGGAGCCCCUGCUCUGCCUGUCCUGCGAGCUAUGCGGGAGGCUGCAGGGACAACCUUUGCUAUAAAGAGGGAGGUGUUGAGAGGCGUCCAGCUCCCGAGACCGAGGAGAGCAACUACAUCGAACCUGAACCUGAGCCGGUGAGGGACCGAGAGCCCGAACCGAGGGCCCAGUCGCCAAACCCCGCACCCAGGGACAAUGCUGACAGAAACCAGGUUGUCAGCACAGAGCAGAUGUCCCAACAGGUUGAAUGUGACACGAAGUUAAGGGAUCAGUGCAAAGGAACAACCUGCAACAGAUACGAGUGUCCACCUGGUUGCCUUGAUAGGCCUGGAAAAGUAGUUGGCACUGCAUAUUAUGACAUGCAAUCUAGUGUGUGUGGAGCUGCGCUACACUCUGGUGUUAUUGACAGUGAUGGAGGAUGGCUGGAUGUGACCAGACUGGGCAGAAAACAGCAUUUCACAAAGUCAUACAAGAAUGGUAUUCAAUCCAUUGGAAAAAACAGGAGUGCAAAUUCCUUUAAAGUAGAGUCAGUUCCAGUCAAGGCAGUGAGAUGUGACACCACAGUGGCGCUUUUCUGCCCUUUCAAGAAACCCGUGCGACACUGUCCAAGGUUAUAUUGCCCCAGGAACUGUUUGCAUGACAGUCAAUUCCGAGUCAUCGGGACAAAAUACUACUCAGAUAAAUCCAGUAUCUGCAGAGCGGCCAUCCACGCUGGAGUGAUCCAGAAUGAGUCCGGAGGUUAUCUGGACGUGAUGCCAGUGGACAGAAGGAGGCAGUACAGUGGCAGCUAUCAGAACGGCAUCACAUCAGAGAGCCUAAUGAACCCCACAGGAGGAAAAGCCUUCAGAGUGUUUGCAGUCAUCUGAGAAAAAAAAAAAAAAA